UCUAUCUACCAAUUACAUUGUAAACAACUUGCUUCUCCUGCAAGAACAACUCGUCUGAACACAUCCUAUGCUUUGCUCUUCCCUGCCUACCUCUGAUUCCUCUUUUCCUGCCUGAUUGUUGUUUAGAUUAGCCAGUUUGUAACAAAUUGGUACUCGGAGCAUCGAUUCCUUGGCCGAUUUUUUUUGUUUCCUGCAUCUUGAUGUGCAAUCGUAACCCUCGACGGUUCCAUCUUGGAGCCCCACCACAUCGACCAUGAGCACUUCACCCGCUUCCGCAAGCAGCUAGGCGCCAUGGAUCCCAACACCAAGCUCAUCCUCGACGAGCUCAAGUCGGUGCAGUUGCACCUCACCAACCGCAUCGACGCGGUGGAGCACUCCAUCGGCUCCCGCGUCGGCAUGCUGGAGGACGCCGCCAAGGUGUUCGAUGCUUGCAAACCGCAGAUGGAUGCCUCGGUCGCGGAGUUGCGUGCGGAGAUCGGAGCGUUCCGGAAGACGGAGGAGAAGGUGGAGACGAUGUGGGAGGAGAUGACCGCGCUGCGCAAGUACGCGAGCCGCUCCGUCCUCGAGGCCACUCAGGCCACGCCGGCCGGCGUUCUUCCGCCGCCCAAGGUGUCCACGGCGCCGAUUCCCGCUGGUUUGACCCAAUUUCGCUUGUUAGGGCGCCACGAGGAAUCAAGUCACCGUGGAUUGGAGUUCUCCACUCGUCACUCGAUCCCCGGUCAAGGGUACGUUUAUUCCGCCCCAACCCGACCCUAAGCCUAAGCUUCACCGCUCGUACUCUAGUUCUGCUCUGAUGGCUGGGAUUCCGGGUGGUUUGGGGGCUGAUGCGGGUCUGCAUGAUCAUCGUUGCUAUGACGAGUUGACGACACAGGGGAAUCCAAUCACCACCUUCCAAAAAUCAAUUUCCCACCCUUUGAUGGCACUAAUCCCAAACUCUAGCUCGGGCGUUGCCUUGACUAUUUUGAGAUGUAUUUCGUGCCGCGUCGUCGUUGGAUCAAAGUGUCCACUAUGCACUUAUCUGGGGCAGCAGCAUGCUGCUGGUUGCAGUCGGUUGAGGAUGAGGUUAGAGCAGGGGGUUGGGAACAGUUUAGUCAGUUAAUCAUGAAUAAUAGGUUUGGUAAGGAUCAGCACGAGUUGCUUGUGCGUCAGCUCUUCCACAUCUAUCAGUCGGGUACGGUUCAGGACUACAUUGACAAGUAUACUGGCUUGGUGGAUCAACUGCUUGCUUAUGGUCGCAAUACUGAUCCGGUUUACUAUACUAUGCGAUUUGUCGAUGGUCUACGUGCUGAUAUUCGUAGUGCAGUUCAUAUGCAACGUCCCACUGUCCCAGUAGUUUGGAUACUGCCUGCGUGCUCGCCUUAUUGCAGGAAGAGUUGGUGGAACCAGGGCGCCGUCGUGAGGUUCGCCGUCUGGAACCGUUCUCCUUUGCCAAGGGGGCAGGACGGGCACCUCCAUCCCACGUGCCUUCACCACAAUGAGCUGAACGUGGUACAAGCCUGCAGUCGCAUGGCACCUGAUCGCCGUGGGCGUGGCGUCGAGGAGAAGCUAUCCACUCUGCGAGUCUGCGUUACUAUCGUCGCGCGCGCGGGCUCUGCAUCCGAUGUGGUGAGAAAUGGUCUCGGGAUCACAAAUGCCCCGAGGCUAUCCAACUUCAUGUGCUGCAGCAACUGUGGGAAGUUUGCCAUGCUGAAGAAUGUUUGGAGUCUGCAUGUGAAGAAGACGAUGAAGAGAUAACUGCUCAAGUGUGUAUGGCUCUUUCCAUGGCUGCUUCUUCGGGGACAGUCUCACUCAAUGCCAUUCAGUUCUUGGGUACAGUACAAGGGCACACGGCCCGUAUUCUGGUGGAUUCUAUUUCUGGCAGCUCCCAUACAUUUGUCAGUGAAUCUCUGGCGACCAAGCUGGCGGGUGUAUCUUCUUUCAGUCCCCCUCUUUUAGUAACAGUGGCUGAUGGUUCUAUCUUGCAGUGUUCUGCUCAAUUUCUGGAGCUGCAGUGGUCUCUGGUCUGUUCAGGAUUGUCACUUUUACUCCACUGCUAAAGUUCUGCCUAUUGCUCAAUAUGAGUUAAUUGUUGGAAUGGAUUGGCUAGGCCAGUGUAGCCCUAUGCAAGUUGACUGGGAGCAGAAAUGGCUUCUUAUCUCUCAAGCUCAGGAGCAGCACCUUUUACAAGGCGAGUUGUCCGCAUUGCCGGAGGGCUCUGUUCUACAGGUUUCGGCUAUCCCAUCCACCUGAAAUUGCAGCGCUUCUAUCUGAGUUUGAGUUGUUCUUUGCUCCACCAACAGGCUAUCCUCCGGCUAGGCAUUGUGAUCAUGCCAUACAUCUAAUACCUGGUGCCAGCCCUGUCAAUAUCCGGCCAUGUCGCUACCCACCAGCCAUCAAGGAUGAGAUAGAACGGCAGGUGACUGAAAUGUUGAAGUCUGCGGUCAUUAAGCCUAGCUCGAGCCCUUUUUCCUCCUCAGUACUAUUAGUUAAGAAGAAGGAUGGAUCGUUCCGCUUUUGCAUUGAUUUUCGGCAUCUUAAUGCUAUCACUUCCAAGAUCAAGUACCCUGUACCAGUGAUUGAGGAGCUUCUUGAUGAGCUAAUGCAUCCUGGUUUUCCUGUUUGGACCUUACUGCCGGUUAUCAUCAAAUAAGGUUGCAGCAUGGGGAGGAAUUCAAAACGGCGUUUCAAACACAUUCGGGUCAGUACGAAUUCAGGGUGAUGGCCUUUGGACUCUCGGGUGCACCUGCCACUUUUCUCAAGGCUAUGAAUACCACUCUGGCUUCUCUACUGCGCAAGUGUGUUCUGGUUUUUUUUUUAUGAUAUACUGAUCUUCAGUCGUACAUAUGAAGAGCAUUUGAUUCAUGUUCUGCAGGUGCUUGAACUAUUACACCGUGACAAAUGGCAGGUCAAAAUGUCCAAGUGCUUAUUUGCUCAGAGGCAGUUGCGCUACCUGGGACAUAUCAUUUCGGAGGCGGGUGUUGCCACGGAUCCUAAGAAAAUUGCAGCUGUUCUUCAGUGGCCUUCUUCAACCUCUGUUAAGGAGUUGUGUAGCUUCCUCAGAUUGGCAGGCUAUUAUAGGCGAUUUUUUCGUCACUUUAGGGUUAUUUGGAAGCCGUUGACUGAACUCUUGCGCAAGGGCGCGAUUUUUGUCUGGACAGAUGUGCAGGAGCAAGCAUUUCAAACACUGAAGCAAGCACUGGCAUCAGCUCCAGUUUUGGUCUUGCCUGACUUCAGUAAGCCUUUUCAAGUGGAAACUGACGCUAGUGGUCAUGGCAUUGGGGCAGUCCUAAUGCAAGGGGGCCAUCCUCUUGCGUUCCUCAGUAAGGCCUUGGGUCCACGUUCCAUGGGUCUAUCUACUUAUGAGAAAGAGUACAUGGCGAUCUUGAUGGCUUUGGAGCAGUGGCGCAGUUACUUUCAGCAUGCAGAAUUCCAUAUUAUCACUGAUCAUCGAAGCUUAGUUCAACUUACUGAACAACGCCUGCAACCCGUGGCAACAAAAGGUGUUUACCAAGCUUAUUGGUCUGCAGUUUUUUUUUUCUCGAUCAGGCACAUAUAGGCCCGUAUUUCAUUAAGAGGAAAGGAUGGUCAUAAGACCUAGUUUUACAAGACAACGCGCUAGGCUAGGGGUCAAAGACUGACACCUUCUCUUGCGAAACAGAGGAUAUGAUGGCCAAACUUUCCCUGGCGUCUGAUGCGCGCAGUUCCCAAUUAUACACUGCGCGAUGGCAUUCUUCGGUACAAAUCCCGAAUCUGGAUGGGUAGUGAUGAUGCUUUGCAAACCAAAUUGAUCGAGGCCUUCCAUAGCAGCGCCAUUGGCGGUCAUUCAGGGUUGUCUGUUACAUACCGUCGGCUCAAACAAUUAUUUGCGUGGCACGGAAUGAAGGCAGCAGUACACUCUUAUGUUACAUCAUGUGCCAUCUGUCAGCAGGCUAAACCAGACCGAUCCAGGCUUCCCGGUCUUUUGCAGCCACUGCCCGUACAUGAUCGUGCCUGGUCCGUGGUCUCCAUGGAUUUCAUCGAGGGUUUGCCAUCCUCAGGCGGAGCUUCGUGCAUCCUAGUGGUGGUCGACCUGUUUUCAAAGUAUGCACACUUUAUUGCCUCAAGCAUCCGUUUACGGCUUCUACUGUGGUUCAAACAUUUCUCUCCAACAUAUACAAGCUUCAUGGGUUACCUCAAGCCAUUGUCUCGGAUCGUGAUAAGAUUUUCACCAGCACAUUUCGGAGGGAAUUGUUCAAGCUUGCUGGAGUCGAACUGCGCGUCAACCAAUGCUUGGAGACAUUCCUUCGUUGCUUCGUUCAUGCAUGUCCCAAGCAGUGGCUACAAUGGUUGGAUCAGGCUGAACUGUGGUACAAUACAAGUUGGCAUUCAGCGCUCAACCGCUCACCAUUUGAGGUUCUGUAUGGUUAUGGUCCUCGACAGUUCGGUGUGAUUGGCGGUGAUGAGCAGCCAGUGUCUGACUUAUCUUCUUGGCUGGCUGACCGUACCCUGAUGACUGAUGUCAUUCGCCUCCACCUGAAUCGCGCCAAGCAGCGAAUGAAAUGUCAGGCUGACACAAAGCGCUCUGAGCGCCAGUUCCAGGUGGGCGAGAGUGUCUAUGUUAAGAUCCAACCAUAUGUAUAUAUAUAUAUUGUGUAUAUACAUAUAUAAAACUUAGGCCUUGUUUAGUUCGAAACCUUUUG